AUGUCCAGCCAGACCAACAGUGCAGCCAGCAGCCCUAUCAAAUCGAGAAGAACCUCAUCAACAGCAUCAAAUGAGAGUACUCUGAGCCAUCACGAGUUGGAGUACAUGUCUCUGCGCGAUGAGAACCUCAGCUACGAAGAUGAUGUCGACUUCCAUAUCUUCAUUGAUGCCAUGGACCGCGUCGACUCGCUAGUCACAGAAAGAGUUCCCCGAAGAGGACGAAAGGAGUCAAUAGGCCGUCUGUUCAACGGACUCAACAACAAGCUACGCCGAGACAGCACAUCAGGACCAGCAGCAGUGCUAGAAUGA